GCACAGUAAUUGGUUUACCAGGCUAUGUUCGGCAACUUGCAACUGCACAGCCAUAUGUGGAAUACCACCAUAAGUGGUGUCCGGCACAAAUAGUGUCGCUGUAUGAGUGGUAUCCCACUAUACGUGGGAUUGCGCGAUUUGUCAAAGCUCGAAAAAUCUUUAUGUACAAUCCCACUAUAAGUGGGAUUCCACCUAAAGUAUGAUCCCACCUCGAGUAUGACAAGUUACCGGGAGACUUAGCUGGUUCCUGAUCUGCGGCGCAGAUCUACAGCUUACAUGCGCGCUUUAACGUAGUCAUAGACAACGAUCUCCCAAGCGUUGGGCAGCCCAACGUAGCAGUCAGAAUAGGCGAUAGGUUAUCAGUUCCCCGUGGGCCUGGUCAGUCCGCGGCUCAGCCGUCUUGAAGCCCGCCCCAGCACGGGACGAGAGGCGCUGAGGAGCGCUCUACGUCUACAGCAAGACUAGGAGUGCGCCUUCCGGUUACGGGAGGCAGAGACGGAACCAGCAAAACGCGUGGCUGGCGGGGCACAACGGCAGCGUCCUUGACAGCGAGGACCUACGGCCGCGUCAGCCUGACCCUGCAGUGCGCAGCGCUACGGCCGUGGUCAGCGGAGCAAGGGCGGCGUUGCGCUUGUUGCGGCCAGAGUCACGGUUGCCAUUGCGGCUUUGCAGUCGCCGUGGCAAUGUGGUUGGCAUCAACACGACCCUGCGGCAGCACGCGAUUUUCUCAGCAGCAGAGCAGGAGGGCGUGGCGCUGCUGGAGACGCAGGGGAGCUUUGGGGUGGGCCUCCAGGCCUGCCUGAGCUUCGGGGUCAAGGUGAGGGGCUACAUCACGCUAGAGUCCAGGCCAGCGGUGAGGGCGGCCAUGGGCCGCCUCGUGGGCGAGCUGCGUUCUGCACAUCCCGCGGCGCUGAGGCCGGACACCUGGCGGCAGGCGGCGGGACAGGCCCCGCCGCCGCCGGGUGAGGCUGCGGUUCUGCGGGUGGCGGACCUGCCUUUCCAGCAGGGGGGGCAGUGGCUUGUGGUGGGGCAUUGGGGCAGCGGGGGAGAUUGGGGUGAGGCGGACAUGCUGGCCUUGGUUGGGGGGGUGCAGCAGCGGCUACAGUAGCUGGGGUGCCCAGCCCCAGCAUACAUUCUUCAAGGGCCGACGACAACGGAGCAGCAGCAGCACGACAUCGGAUCGCCAUUCGGGCUGCCGUGCUUGCUGGAUGUCGUUCAGGCCGGGGUCGCGAUGCACACUGCUGCCGCCGUCUACACAAACCUCGCGGCAGCGGAGCACCUGCAGCUCGUGCUGCAGCGCUUGCGACCCCCGCCAGAACGUGGAGCCAUUACCGCUGGUGCCCAUUCACAUUCCUGGGCAGCGCCUUCGGGCGUUACCGGAGCCAUCAGCACACAGCGGAGCCUUGCUGCGAACCGUGCCUGGUGACCAACCCUGCCAUCCGGAUGUCAGUGUCUGGGAGGCGGUGAUGGGUCAUCGGCAGGGCGUAGCAGCAUCCCUCGCAGCAGACGUGGCGGUACCAUUGCUGCGAGACUCCAUUGCACCCCCAACGGUCAUCACUGUGCUGGCCUCGGCGCUGGCGCUCCAGCGGCACUACGUCACUCCACAUGACACGCAUUCCCUUUCACCGAGACGGCUGUCGCUGGGGGGGGGGAUCCGGCCCCAUGGGGCAGGCGCCGGGCGCGAGCUCGGAUGACGUGGAGACUGUGGUGGUGCGGGGCCUUUUGCAGCGACAGCCGACGUCGGAGCUGGCGAUUGCCUUGACGACUAUGGUGGCGGAGGUGGCUGACGCCGUUGAGGCUGAAGCCGACCCCCUCUGCAUGGACGUCUGGGACGACAAGCCGGUCAUCGAGGCGCUGCGGGCGGGCGACGCGGCCUCUGGGGGGGCGAUGGGAUUGAGGAGGGUGGCUCGCCGCGCGGCUCGCUACAGGUGGGAUGGAGUGCAGCUACUGCUGCUUGUGCACGGCGGGCGGGCUCGCGUCUGUCCGCCGCCGGCCGCGCGGUUGGCGCUGGCGGAGGCUACGCACAAGGUGGGGCAUUACGGGGUGAAGCGGACGUUGGCGCUGCUGCGGGCAGGGCACUGGUGCAGCCGCUGGAGGUGAAGGGGCUGUUUUAUCGGUGGGGAGUGGACCUAGCGGGGCCUUUGGCGGAGUCGGUGCCGGACGGAAACGUCUACUGCAUGGUCACCAUCGAGCAUUUCAGCAAGCACGUGGAGAUCACGCCUCUCAAGGACAAGACGGCACGGCGGGUGGCAAAGGCGUAUGCAGACGUGUUGGCGCGGUUCGGGGCGCCGGAGCCCCAUCCCCAUCUCAGGCGGAUGGGGCGGCGGAGCGCAUCGUCAAGGUACUGAAGGAGGCCUUGCGGAAGGCCUGCUACGAGGCGGCGGAUCCGGGGGCCUGGGAGCGGGCUCUUCCUGAGCUGCUCCUGGGCUACCGCUGCUCUCCGCAGGCGGCAACGCGCUUUUCGCCGUACCAGCUGCUCUAUGGGGGUGUGGAGCCGGUGAUUCCGCCUGCCGUUCGUGAGCGGCUGGCGGAGCCCGUUGACUUCGACGACGUGAAGGCGGCAGCGGCAUCGAUUGUUGACAGAGCGGAGUGGGUCCGGCAGGCGUACCCAGCGGCGGCGGGCAACCUGCUGAUAGCGCAGCACCGUGACACCCUGCGCUACUCAGCCAUUCGCACCGGCCGCUACCUGGCCAAGCCUAUGGUCUUUUCGCCGGGCGACUACGUGUCCGGCGGGGCAACGUCGCCCACACCCUGCAGUUCCGCCAGUACGACAACAUCCUGCGGGUGGAGUCGGUGGGUCCUAUGGGUGUGGCGGUGCUGAUGGGCCGUGACGGCUCGCGGGUGCGGAAGCGGGUGGAGCAGCUGCUGCCAUGCCAUCUGGAGGUGGACCCUGCGGUUAGGCCUGAGCUGUUCCGCCCGGAGCGGGACCUGCAGUGCGAGGUCUGUGGCUCGCCGCAUGAUGGCAGCAAGAUGCUGUUGUGCGACGGGUGCAACACCGGCUGGCACUGGCAUUGCCUGGGCCUGCGGGGGAAGCCUCGGGGGCAGUGGGUGUGCCCGCGCUGCCGCGAACUGGAGCAGGG